GCUAAUAAAAGAAGGAGAAGAAAAAGGAAAAGACAGGAGCUUAGGAUUAUUAGCAGAAAAAAGGGGACACAAAUGUACACGUUGGAGAUGACUUUCUAGUUUCUACUACCACAGUCCACACUCCCACAGUAUCUGCAUAGCUGUUCCUCAGUUCUCACUACCACCGUUUCCUCGAGCACUGUGCUUUCUCAUCACUUCUACAGGGUGUAUGCUAUUGAUUUCUGGGUCUCCUUCAACUUACAUUAUCAGCAUUUUCACCUCAGCUCUGUACGAGAUCUUCAGCUGUCGAUCUGUUUCGUUCUUCCAACAAGUUUCACAUUGUGAAUUCUGAGUUUAUAUAGGCUGAACAAUGCCUGAUAUAUGGCUGCAAAGAGUCCUGGUGCUAUUAAUCUGCAUUCUUCCCUGUAUCUUAGGUGCAUUCAUUGGGAUUGAUAUAGGGACACAUUUGUCUAAAUUGCCACAAGCUUCAGACGUGGUUGAUAUUCUUACAAACAACGUGAUAACUCAUGUUCGGCUUUUUGAUGCUGAUGCUCACAUGCUCCGUGCCCUUGCCAGUACAAGCAUAGAAGUAAUGGUUGGUGUUACAAAUGAGGAAGUUCUUGGGAUUGGGCAAUCACAAUCAGUUGCAGCAGCAUGGGUAAACAAAAAUGUAGCAGCUUAUGUUCCCGGCACUAAUAUCACUGCCAUUGCUGUUGGUAGUGAGGUAUUGACUGCAAUACCACACGCUGCUCCUAUUCUUGUUCCUGCCAUGAAUAACCUUCAUAAAGCUCUUGUUGCUUCCAAGUUAAAUUUAAAGGUCAAAGUCUCCACCCCACACUCCAUGGACAUAAUUUCAAGACCUUUUCCUCCUUCAACUGCCAUCUUUAAUUCAUCGUGGAACUCAACUAUGUACCAAGUCCUUCAAUUCUUAAAGAACACUAACUCCUGUUUCAUGCUAAAUGCAUAUCCUUAUCAUGGGUAUACUACAGGAGAUGGCAACUUUUCGCUUGAAUAUACUCUAUUUCAACCUCUAUCCUCUGUCAAGCAGAUUGUUGAUCCAAACACUCUGUUUCAUUAUAAUAGCAUGUUUGAUGCUUUUGUAGAUGCUGCUUAUUACUCGAUUGAAGCUUUCAAUAUUUCGGGGAUCUCAGUAGUCGUGACAGAAACAGGCUGGCCAUGGAAUGGGGGGGCUAAUGAGCGCGAUGCCUCAGUGAAAAAUGCUCAGGCUUACACUAAAAAUUUGAUCCAAAGGGUUUUGAAUAACUCGGGUCCGCCAAGUCAGCCAACGAUGCCAAUAAACACAUACAUUUAUGAGUUGUUUAAUGAGGAUGAGCGCCGUGGUCCUGUCUCAGAGAAGAAUUGGGGGUUGUUCUUUACCAAUGGCUCCAGUGUUUAUCCUUUGAGUUUUGAUGGUUCUGGUCCAAUGUCAGCCAAUUUCACGGGUCUUUUUUGUAUUGCAAAGUCAGGUGCCGAUGAAGACAAGCUGCGGAACGGUUUGAACUGGGCUUGUAGUGCUCAUGGUCAUGCUAAUUGUACUGCCAUUCAAGAAGGCGGGCCAUGUUAUUACCCUGAUACUAUUGAAAAUCAUGCCUCUUAUGUAUAUAAUGAUUAUUAUCAAAGGAUGAGCAGCUUUGGUGGCACUUGUGACUUUAAGGGUACAGCAACUACAACUGCUGCCGAUCCGAGUUAUGGUCCAUGUGAUUUCACUGGAAGUGCUAAUUCGACUGCUGGAAGAGGAUUCAGUCCCACGGCAUAUGAUCCGGUUAGUCCGUUCACAGGGAGUAAAAGCAGCAUGUUAUAUCCUGAAAUCGGAGUAAUAGUUGGAAUCUUUUUGCAUUGGUUUUGGCUUUGAUGUGCAGAUUGUUGAUUGAACUUUUGUACCCAAUACAAUACUAAUGAGAUAGAUUGCUUUGUUAGUGACAUUAUAGGUAUUGAUCAUCAAUUGUUAGUAUUUUGUCCAGGUAUCUUCAACAUUCUGUAAUCAAAUGCAAUUCCUUUUUGCCUAUUUUUCUUGAUGAUUUUCAAGAAAAAUCUUGAAUUUUUACAUGUUGCCUGUAAAGUAUUCUAGAGCUGAUUAUGAGGCGGUACUGGAGCUAUUUAUUUGGUCUAAUAUAGUUGGUACUUAUGGA